CAGGUCCCUUACCACGAAACUCCAAACUGCCUUGAAACACGAUCCUCCACAGAAUCCCCGUCAACGCCACGAACGAUGUCUCUCGCACGAACCCUCCUCUCCGCCCUCCUCCUCGCCACCACCACCACCUUCGCCCAAACCCACACCGAAUGCAGCCCCCUCAACUCCACCUGUCCUCCAAACCCCGCCCUGGGAACCGAACUCCUCGAAGUCUUCAACUCCUCCUCCACCGAACUAAACUCCAAAUACUGGCACUUUGACGGCGGUCAAGAGCUCGUUUCGUUCGGCAAAGAUGGCGUCCACCUAUCGCUCAAGGAGAAAGGCGAUACCGUUACCAUCAAGUCGAACUUUUACAUCUUCUUCGGGACACUGGAGUUUAUCAUGAAAGCCGCUCCCGGGAAUGGGAUUAUCAGUACGGUCAUUCUGUUGAGUGAUGAUCUGGAUGAGAUUGAUUGGGAGAUCAAGGGUGGGAAUACGACGGCUGUGUCGAAUAAUUACUAUGGAUGGGGCAAUCAAGACCAACGAUUCGCUGAAGAUCCCGCUCUCGACGGUCCGCAAAAUGACUACCACAACUACACGAUCGACUGGACGCAGGAACGCAUCGAGUACCUGAUUGACAGCAACGUCGUGCGGACAGUACACUACGACGAACCAGGUCUCUACCCGCAAACUCCUUCGCGCGUACAAUUCGGCGUCUGGUGUGGUGGAUGUUCCAACCAACCAGGAACAGUCGAGUGGGCAGGUGGAGCGCCAGACUUCAGCAAAGGCCCCUUCACAGCCUCCAUCGCCUCCCUCCGCGUCACCGACGCCCACACCAACGCCUCCACCUACACCUGGUCCGACCGCACGGGCUCCUACCAAUCCAUCGCCGUCACGGCCGGAAAAUCCGAAGCCUACAAAGCCAUCCACCACGAAUCCACCCGCGCCAAACUCUCCUCCACCUGGGCGGGCAUGUCCCCCGGAGCGAAAAUCGGCGUCGCGGCGGGGAUAUUGGGCGCCGUGGCGGUGGCGGCGGUGGCGUUUGCGGCGUAUUGUGUGAGGGAACGGAAGGCGGGACGGGCGGAGAGGGCGAUGCAUGAGAUGCAGUGGGAGAAGCAGGAAGAGGAGAAUUUGGAGUAUCGGAGGAUGAUGAGUGGUGGGGAGGGGGUGGAGAGUCAGAGGGUGUUGAUGGAGGGGAAGUGGAAUGGGAGUGGGUAUGGGAGGUUGUAA